AUGCCAUCUAUAAAUAUUACAGAUGCAACCAAUGCUAUCCCUGCAACAAAUACAAUCCAUUCAAGUAGCAAUUCACCUACAACCAAUAUAAUACUUCAAAUUUUGAAAUUAUUUCUAAAAAAUAAAGAAGUCAAUCCGAAAUCUAACACUUCGUCAACUGCUACAUCUACAACUGCAACAAGUGGUACACAUACAACUACGACAACUGAUGCAUCUACAACUGUGCCAACUGAUACCACUGCAAAUACGACAACUGAUACAUCUACAACUGUGCCAACUGAUACCACUGCAACUACGACAACUGAUACAUCUACAACUGUGCCAACUGAUACCACUGCAACUACGACAACUGAUACAUCUACAACUGUGCCAACUGAUACCACUGCAACUACGACAACUGAUACAUCUACAACUGUGCCAUCGGAUACAUCUACAACUAUAACAAACGAUACAUCUACAACUGUGCCAAUUGAUACCACUGCAACUACGACAACUGAUACAUCUAAAACUGUGCCAAUUGAUACAUCUACGACUACGACAUUUGCUACAUCUACAACUACGACAACUGAUACAUCUACACCUGAGGCAACUGAUACCACUGCAACUACGACAGCUGAUACAUCUACACCUGUGCCAACUGAUACACCUGUAACUUCGACAACUGAUACAUCUACAACUGUGCCAACUGAUACCACUACAACUACCACAACUGAUACAUCUACACCUGUGGCAACUGAUACCACUGCAACUACGACACCUGAUACAUCUACAACUGUGCCAACUGAUACACCUGCAACUUCGACAACUGAUACAUCUACAACUGUGCCAACUGAUACCACUACAACUACGACAACUGAUACAUCUACAACUGUGCCAACUGAUACCACUGCAACUACGACAACUGAUACAUCUACAACUGUGCCAACUGAUACACCUGCAACUACAACACCAGAUACAACUACAACUGUGCCAUCGGAUACAUCUACAACUACGACAUUUGAUACAUCUACAACUACGACAACUGAUACAUCUACAACUGUGCAAAAUGAUAUCAUUGGAACUACGACAACUGAUACAUCUACAACUAUGCCAACUGAUACCACUGCAACAACGACAACUGAUACAUCUACAGCUGUGCCAACUGAUACCACUGCAACUACGACAAAUAAUAUUUCUACAAUUGUGCCAACUGAAACCACUGCAACUACGACAAAUGAUACAUCUACAACUGUACCAACUGAUACCACUGCAAUUACGACAACUGAUACAUCUACAACUGUGCCAAUGCCAACUGAUACCACUGCAAUUACGACAACUGAUACAUCUACAACUGUGCCAACUGAUACCACUACAACUACGACAAAUGAUACAUCUACAACUGUGCCAUCGGAUACAUCAACAACUUCGACAUCUGAUACCACUGCAACUACAACAACUGCUACAUCUACAACUACGACACCUGAUACAUCUACAACCGAGCCAACUGAUACCACCGAAACUACGACAACUGAUACAUUUACAACUACGACAACUGACACAUCUACAACUGUGCCAACUGAUACCACUACAACUACGACAACUGAUACAUAUACAACUACGACACCUGAUACAUCUACAACAGUGCCAACUGAUACCACCGCAACUACGACAACUGAUACAUCUACAACUACGACAACUGAUACAUCUACAACUGUGCCAACUGAUACCACUACAACUACGACAUUUGAUGCAUCUACAACUGUGCCAACUGAUACCACUGCAACUACGACAUUUGAUACAUCUACAACUGCGACAUUUGAUACAUCUACAACAGUGCCAACUGAUACCAUUGUAACAACGACAUCUGAUAGAUCUACAACUGUGCCAACUGAUACCACUGCAACAACGCCAUCUGUUACAUCUACAACUGUGCUAACUGAUACCACUGCAACAACGACAACUGAUACAUAUACAACUGUGCCAACUGAUACCACUGCAACUACGACAACUGAUACAUUUACAACAGUGCCAACUGAUACCACUGCAACAACGACAACUGAUACAUAUACAAAUGUGCCAACUGAUACCACUGCAACAACGACAACUGAUACAUUUACAACUGUGCCAACUGAUACAUCUUCAACUACAACAACUAAUACAUCUAUAAUUGCGACAACUGAUACAACUACAAUUGCAACAAAUGAUACAUCUACAACUGUGCCAACUGAUACCACUGCAACUACGACCACUGAUACACCUGCAAUUACGACAACUGAUACAUCUAAAACUGUGCCAACUGAUAUCACUGCAACUACGACAGAUGAUACAUUUACAACUGUGCCAACUGAUACCACUGCAACUACGACACCUGAUACAUCUACAACUGUGCCAACGGAUACACCUGCAAUUACGACAACUGAUACAUCUAAAACUGUGCCAACUGAUAUCACUGCAACUACGACAGCUGAUACAUCUACAACUGUGCCAACUGAUACCACUGCAACUUCAACACCUGAUACCUCUACAACUGUGCCAACGGAUACCACUGAAACUACGAUAACUGAUACAUCUACAACUGCGACAUUUGAUAUAUCUACAACUGUACCAACUGAUACCACCGCAACUAUAACAAAUGAUACAUCUACAACCGUGCCAAAUGAUACAACUGCAACUGCGACAACUGAUACAUCUACAACUGUGCCAAAUGAUACAUUUACAACUGUGACAACUGAUACCACUGCAACUACAACAGCUGAUACAUCUACAACUGUGCCAAAUGAUAAAUCUACAACUGUUCCAACUGAUACCACUGCAACUACGACAACUGAUACAUCUACAAGUGCGACACCUGAUACAUCUACAACUGUGCCAACUGAUACAACUACAACUACGACAACUGAUACAUCUACAUCUGCAACAUCUGAUACAUCUACAACUAUGACAACUGAUUCAUCUACAACUGUGCCAACGGAUAUCACUUCAACUACGACAACUGAUACACCUCUAACUGCGACAAAUGAUACAUCUACAACUGUGCCAACUGAUUCACCUCUAACUAUGAAAACUGGUACAUCUACAACUGUGCCAACUUAUAAACCUACAACUAUGUCAACUGUUGCAUCUAACACUUCGUCAGAUGCUACACAUACAACAGCGGCAAUUGAAACUAUUUCAUCUGCUUCAAAUACAACUAUGUCAAGUGCUGCAUCAACAACUACUCCAGCUCUUGUCCCGAUAAUGACGUCACAAGCCACAAAAUCAUCGACAACUACAACACCACCAAGUACUGUGUCAACGAUUGACCCAUCAUCUAAACCCCCCAACAAAGGUAGUAUUAUAUUGUUUAAAUUGGAUGUUUAUUGGAUGGAGUGUUAUUCAGUAAGCAUAAUCAGUUGCAAAUAA